AUGCUUCCCUCCCUACCGAUCUACUAUGAAGUCCACUUCCGUUGUGCAUAUAUCUUUUGCUUUUUCCCCCGAAACCAGGCGACAACCCUCAACCCUCGGUUACCCCAUGUCGGCCUCGUCAUAGUCGACAUCUCCAGUGGAGACAGCCUCGAUCUGUCAGCCAACAAAUUCGGAUGUUUCACAGCCUCGCCACAGCAAUGCUCCGUCCUUUCUUCGUCGCCGGAAGACAAGACACACCUGAGCCGAGCCUCCGCUAUCGCCACCGUUACAGUUGCUAUGAGACAGCCAACGGCCGGGCUCGAGGGGAAGCUGGUGAAUGCGGUCAACUUCACCGAUGCAAAAGAUUCUCGAAGUGCUGGACGUACAGAUGCCAGGUGA